AUGUCAUCCUCUGACACCAUGGACGAUAACUCACCUGGCCAAGACAAUGCGCACAGCAUCUUUACACGCCAUGCGGCGGACCUGCAGAAGUCUGCCCAGGCUGUAACGAAGCGGAUCUCCGAAGAUCCAAGGGUGAACCUGGAUUGGUCGUUAUCCGCCCAGGUUUUCCCCGAGUCCGUCAUCAUCAUGGCCGCUUGCUCCGUGGCAGGCUCUGAUCCACAGCUGGGUGUUGUCCCUCUCUCGAUACCGAUACCAGGAUCGACUGAGACUCCCUCCGCUAUGAGUGCCUUGCUCGAUAGCUGUAGCCAGCAAGGGCGGAAAGCUUUUUCGAAAGCAAGCAGCGAGAUGACCAGACUGAACUUGCGAGCAUCCUCCGCACUUGGUCCGAAUGGAAUGAUUACUCGGAUUAUGCAUCUCGUCAAGAGCUCCAAAGCCACCACACACGCCCUGAGAGACGAGAUACUUGCACUUAGGGCUAUGUCCGUGGAAUCCUUGCAGAGUAUUCGCGACAUCAGUACCUCUUUUGCCAAUUGGUCCGAGUUCAUUAACCAAAUCAGUUUUCAUUUCGACCAGUAUUUACUCGUCACAAGGUCCGGUCAAGAAUCGCCGGUGGAUCUGGAGUGGGCCAGGGCCGAAGUCGAGCGCACAAGAAACGAUCUCCUCCAAAAGGAGCACGCCCAGAACGAGGCCGGAAAAGUACAUGCCCGGGCGCUGGCCGCUGAUGCCGACAAGCGCUCUCCAAGCAGGAGAUCCUCAGUUAACUGCCUCGCUUAUCUCUGGAAUGGUGACCGAAAGGAAGAAGACGAUAUUGACGCUCGGGUCAAUAAACACGUGAAAGAAGUCCUUCAAAUCCUGGAGCAAUCCACGCAGCAACAGAAGCAGCAAAAGGAAGACGCCCAACUCAGAAUCGAGAUGAGCAGUAAGCACCUGGGUGAAGCUGAUAAGAGAGUAGAGGCAGCGCGGCAUGAGCAUGAGAAAGCCUGCCAGCGCUUGUCAUCCCUCCAACCAUCCAGGUGGCAAAGAAAAACUUGCAUUUGUUGGCAGAGAAGAACCUCAACCUGGUAUCAAGAAAUCGACCGGAUUCUACGAACGUCGGCAGUUGAGCUGCAAAAACUGAGCGUUCAGGUAGCGAGUUUCGAGAUGUGGUUUGAACAGCUAUCGAUUCUCAUAGACAAUAUUGUCAAUGCGCAUUUCGGUAGCGUUAGCCGCACGCUGCGCAUACAUUCUCCUGUGGCGCUCGAUGUUGACGCAGAUGAGGGCAGGCGAUUGAGCAGAGAGGAUAAGGAGCAAUCGCGCAACCAGCACCUCCUGCACCACCUCUUUCAGAUCCAAGGUUAUCUCUCGGCAAUCGAGGAAAUUUCUCGUCUGUACUCGACAAUCUCAGAGAAAUAUAUCCAACCUGGCAUAGAUCACCUGGAUUGCCUUGACCGCUCGGAUCUUGCUAUAUACCAGCUCAACCGCAAGAGACUGAGCGAGUGGCACCAAGUAGCCAGUCAUGAGAUUCAUCAGCUGAUGAUCGAGGUAAAAAAGUUGUCAUUCCCUUGA